UACGCGAAAGCGCCGGCGCUCAUUUCUAGUGAGGGCGUCAAGCCAGGCCCGUCAUUUGACCUUGCAGCCUUGCGGUAGCCGACUUCACCGACUCCAGCCCCGAGUACCUACCUAUACAGACCCAUGGCCAAGACCCCGCUAGCGCUCCUCGCAGGGCUCGCGCUCGCGGCCGCCCAGGUCACGACGCCGACGACCUCGCAAGCGCCGUGCACCUUGGAUGUUGUCGACAAGCAAUGGUGCCUCACGUGUCCGGAGAAGCAAUGCAUCCCGGCUGCCGCGACUGUCAGCCUUGCGAUCACCAAGGCAGCCAACAACAACACGGUGCCACCUGGCGCACUCUCAAUCACAGGUGCCAAGUUUGCCAAGCUCGUGGCGACCGACAGCGUUGGUGUGAUCAAGACCCUGAACAUCGUGCGUGGCUUCUCGGGAGCGGCUGUGAAUGAGCACAUCAACCUCGGCAAGGGCGCGUUCGCUGGCAUGAAGGCCCUCGACGCGCUGAACGGCAACUGCGUCAAGUCGGCCGAUAAGAACGAGUACUUGGAGAUCACGCGUGUCGAGUCCGGCGCGCUCCCGCUGUCGCUCACGAGCCUGAUUCUGGACGGCUGCUUUACGACAGAGAUUGCGCUGCCCGAGGCGACCAACCUCACCGAGCUGACCGUCCACUACCACGAGAUGGCGGCGCUGCCGACGACGGGCAUUAGCGCGCUCUACAGUGCGCAGUUCACCAACAGCGCCAAGCUCACCAAGUUCCCCAACCAGUAUUUAUCCGUGCCUGGCCUCACGCUCUUGAACCUCUCGUACAACAGCAUCGAGACGGUCAGCUUCACGUCGGCGCAGGAAGCCGCCAAGUUUACUGCGCUCGGAACGGCCUGCAUCGUGACGGAAGCGUUCGCUGCCACCAAGACGUGCAACGACGCGGCCAAGGUCGUGUGCGCGCCAGUGUCGGCCAGUCGCAGUGGUAGCGAUGGCCCGUCCUCUGGUGCCGUGACAACGCUCGUGGUCGUGAGCUGCCUCGCGUCGAUCCUCGUGCUCGUCGCCAUCAUCGUGCACCGCCGCAGCCGCCGCGCGAGCGCGCGGUCGCCCGGCAUGAGCUCGGCGCACUCGCCCGACGAUUUCUUCUACGACGUCGACGAAGCGUACGUGACAAACCAAACCAUGUCCAAGUACAAGACGGCGGGUGCGAACGACGCGACGCUGACCAAGCUGCCGCCGGAGCACGUGGCGCUCGCACGCUGCCUCGGUGGCGACAUUUGGAUGGGCGAGAUGACGACGACGAACGCGCGGCUCGCGCUUCGCCGGGCACCGCGCCUCGCCGGCGACCACAUCACCGACAGCUUCUUCCAGGGCGUCAAGGAGAUGGCGCGCUUGUCGCACCCGAACCUCGUCGCGUACCUUGGCGUCACGUGCUUGUCCGGCACGGACAUUUACGCCGUCGCCGAGUUCCAGGACAAGGGCAGCCUCGCGAGCGUGUACCAGACCGUGCCGCUGACGUGGGACAUCCAGCUGCGCAUGGCAAUCGACGUGGCCGAGGCGAUCCACUAUCUGCAUACGCUCUUGCCGUCGCCCGUGCCGUGCGAGCACCUCAAGAGCUCGAUGGUGCUCGUCGGAGCCAACUACAGCUGCAAGCUCAACAUCUUUCACUUCAUGGCGUCCUUCAAAGCCAGCGUCUUGUGCAAGGAGAUGUACGGCGCCAACCGCAUUGCCUGGAAGGCGCCGGAAGUGCUCAUCAAUGAGUGGAAGAACUUUUUGGCCGCCGACGUCUACUCGCUCGGCGUCGUCCUCGCGGAAAUUGGCACGACGACGCGGCCGUUCGACAAGGAAAUCUCCGAGGUCGGCAUGGUCCAAACGGAUGUGUGGAUCCUCGACAACGUCAUGGCCGGGCGUGGCGUGCCGCCGCCCUUUGACACCAAGAGCCUCAAGUGGGUCAACCUCCCGGACGCGUACCAGAAGCUCGUGAUGGCGUGCUUGGAUCCGAUGCCGAGCCGGCGCCCGAACUCGGGGAUUGUCCUCCAGCGCCUCAAGGACCUCAAGACCUCGAUCCAUACGGCGGAGUUGUAGGAGUCGUGUGGUAGCUUUGAUAUUUGAAGACAACCCGUGUAUGGAUGC